AUGCAUAUCUGUUCAAUCUGUCAUGGCGAUGCGAUUCCAUGCCCGCAGCCGGUGGUUGAACAAGCAUGGGAGGUUUGGCUGGUCCUUCGCUUGACAGCCCUUGGGAGCAGCGUGGUGGGCUCCAGCUGGCUUCUCCGGGCAACUUUCAAAGAACCCGGCUAUGUCUUCAACUGCCAGCUUCGACACCUGGCGAUGGCAGAUUUGUGCUUGUCUUUGGUUGACCCUGGCUAUGAGCUUGCCGUUUGGGCGAUUUGGCCUUUGGGACGUGAACUUCCGCAGCAGUUUAGCAUUUUCUGUCGUGGCCUCUUUCAUGCGCUUCUAUGCGCCGUUUGCUUUGUGGAGGCGCAAAUCGCCGCUGGGGUUAUGGGCAGCGCGCUUCAUAGCCAGCGGUGCUUCCGGCUUCUGGCCAAGCUUCUUGUGUUCUCGUGGCCGGCAGCUGCUGCCGUUGGGGCAUUGGAUGUUGCUUCCAUGCACCUGCACAUGGAAGGCCAAAGAGCCUUCGGCUUCACAAAGGUGCUUGAAGUCGUGCUCUGCGCAAACUUUUUAUGCACGUUGUUAAUGUAUCUGGCAUCGUUGGUGGCGGUUGUGCGGACGCCGUCGCCAAGCGCCGUUGUGAGGAGGGCAUCCUGGCGGGCCUUGGCUUACCCAUGCGGUUUCCUCGUCACCGCUUUUCCAGAAUGGUUGCUCUAUGUGGGAGUCCUCCCAGAAGACCUGUGGUUUGGUCGUUUCGCCAGCUUUGCCAUGUACAGUAACGGCUGGGUGAAUGCAGCUGUCUACGGCUGGCAGAACAGGCACAUUUGCCCAGGGUCCAGAAGGCCAAGCAGAAGGCCAAGCAGAAGACCAAGUGCAAGUAGCCUUCCCGAGGGCAAUACCGGCAACGCCGGUCCCGCGCUUCUUGCACCAGGUGCCGCUUCGCUCCUGCCCUCUUUCCACGUCGGUUUUGGCAGCCGCGAGUCCCGCUCGUUCCCACACGUCUCUUCCGAAGAGCUCGGUGAGGAGGCCUGCCCAGAGCGGCCAAGCUGCAAUGUCCCUGACUUCCCACGACUGGCCAGUUCGGACUCCGCCGCCAUCGCCGGCAAUCCGCCGGACCCACUGCAGGGGACGGAGGACGAGGUGGUUGCUGGCUGGGCAGCCUAUCUCGGGCCGCUCCUGACAUAA